AUGGAUCAAACUUUUGUUGGAAAAUUCCUGUACAUCCGACAAAGGGGAAGGAUCAUUGCGAAGCAAAUCAGGCUAGGGAUGAUGUACACGCAGAAGACAAGAUGCGGUGGCCCUUGCCCCGAUGUCUCCGAAGCGUGCUUCUUGUGUAUUCCCUUGCAAACCCCAGAUGAUUCCGUUGCCUGCCCGGACAUUUUUCCUACCAACGUCUCAACGACAGAGUUGAAUGAUCUCGAACUUGAUGGACUGCAGACCACAUCGUCUCCCUCCUCUAGCCCCGACCAGCCCCUCAAGCCCCGCUGGGACGCCGACGCCCGCAGGACCCACAGCCAGGCCUGCACGGGCAAGAGCCGGCUGAGCGUGCAGGAGAGGCUCGACAUCGUGUGCAUGUACUACUCGGCGCCGUCGUCGACGAGAUGCCGGAGGACGGUGCACCAGUGGGACAUCGCGAGGAUGUACGGGAAGAGCCGUGCGGCGAUCAGCAAGGUGCUGAAGCCGGAGUACGCGAGGAGGGUGAUGAUGACGAAGGAGGGGGAGGAAGUGCCAGAGCGGGAUCUUGUGCUCUGGCGGAUCAGGAAAGAAGGAGCGAGGAGAGCGACAUGA